GCUCUAACUCUCUUAACCAUGGCUGAGCGCAGUCCGCGUCAACGGAGAUCACCUAGACCGAACCCCACCGCCACAACUUUCCUACAAAGAAUCCAAGCUCAUGCACCCAACUCCGCCCAACUUCCCUUGUUUGUUACCGCCUCGAUUCUCCUAAUCUUCACCGGCGUCACCGUGACCGUCGCCAGUCUCGGGUUCAUCUUGUUGAUGCCAUUGAUCCUCAUUUCGAGCCCUAUAUGGUUCCCCGUAGGCUCCGUGUUGUUGAUCGUUUCAGCCGGCUUCUUCUCGGCGUGCGGCUUCGGGGUUUUGUCGGUGGCGGGGUUGUGUUGGAUGUUCCGGUACUUCAGAGGCAUGCACCCGCCGGGGUCCGACAGGGUCGACUACGCCCGGAGCCGGAUUUACGAUACGGCUAGCCAUGUCAAGGAUUAUGCUAUUGAAUACGGUGGUUACUUGCAGAGCAAGGUAAAGGAUGCUGCUCCCGGUGCAUGAC